AUGGCUUCAGUGACUUCGUUGGACAAGGAUUUGCGCAAUAUGCGCCUAUCCCGCUAUACCCCGCAGGCAGCCGUGGAGGUGCGCGACUGGAUUGAGGAAGUGCUACAUGAGAAACUGGCAACGUCAGACUUGCUCGAAGGCCUGAAGGAUGGUGUUGCUCUUUGCAAGCUAGUAAACCUCGUUGUAUCACCGGGCGUGAAAUUUAAGCAGUUGUCCGCGCCAUUCGUACAGAUGGAGAAUAUUUCACAUUUCUUACGCGCAUGCCAAUUACCACCGCUCAACCUUCCCCCGCACGAUGUCUUCCUGACAGUUGAUCUCUACGAAGCAAAGGAUCCGGCGCAGGUUCUCCAGUGUUUGGCAGCGUUCAGUCGGCGGGCCAAUGCCCUUGCGCCUAACAAGUUCCCCCGAACCGUCGGCCCACAGAGUAAGCGCGGUGUGCUUAGCCCGAACGCGACGGGUUCCUCGAGCACCGGAGCAUAUACACCACGGUCAGCCCGCUCCUCCAGCAACGUCGGGGAUGCGAAGCCUUCUGGGUCAUACAGUACCUGGGCCAAGAAGGGAGAUGAGCAGGAUACCACGCCGGCCCAAGGGAAUCAAGGGGUUGCAUUUGGUGCUCGCCGACAGAUCACCACUCCCGGGCCCGCUGUACCAAGCCUUGCAGAGAAAGAAAAGCGCAGGCGUGAAGAGGAUGAACGGAUUCGCCAGCAGAACGCAGAGAGGGAAGAGGCAGAGCGAGCGUACCAACGGCAGGUUGCAGAAGAGGAGGCUCAUGCGAAGGCAGAAGAGGAGCGCCGAUGGGAAGAAGUGACUGCUCGUGCAAGAGAACAAGAACGUCUUAAGGUAGAAGCAGAAAAGAAGCGUUGGGACGAUGAAAAGCGCCAAUGGGAAGCGGAAGAGCAGCGACGUAUAGCGGAAGAAAAGGAAGCCGAGGAGCGAUUUGAGCAGGAGCGACAACAGAGACGAACCUUGAAUGAUAAUCGUCUCAAUGGUCAGUUCCUGAGUCAGUACCAGGCAUCCAACUCCCAGGCUAGUGAUGUCGCCGGCGCGGUCGAGGAAACAGCGCAAAGCCGCCGCAUCAAAGAGCUUGAGCGCGAGCUACAGCUAGCAAAGGACCGGGAGCCCUCGCAGUCAAAGUCGCCCUCGUCCCGUGCCCCCAAACCUAGCUAUGAUCUUUCUUCUCUCGAACAAGAACGGCGACUCCUCCGUACGGAGUGGCAGAAUACGCAGGAUAUGCCCGCCACUUCCGAGGCAGAGGAACCCGAACCCGUUGAAGAGCGGGCACCACCCCAACCCCCUCGUCCGCUCCCAGUGCCAAAGCCAUCAUCUUUCUCAGCCUCGCCGGCACUCCCUCCUAGGGAUCUACCUGCCUCGCCCCGGCCCCUUCCAGACCCAGUGGCCUACAACGCCAACCGGGGCCACGAAAGCCGCGUGGAUAGUUUCCUUUCUUCGAACCCAGCCCCCGCAUCUCCAGCCCCAGCCGCCCACCGAUUCCAAGACUACACGUCGACCUCCGAAGUCGACGCCGAGAACAGCCGCCGCGCAGCUUCACAGCAGAAGACCAAAGCCGGCGGCUGGGCAUCCAAGUCUCUCUUGGAACGAGAGAUGGAGCGUGAACGCGCGCGCCAGGAGGAGUGGGCGGAGAACCAGAAGAAAACGGCAGCUGCGGCCGAACGUGGCAACCAAGACGGCUCUCAGGGCUCAGGUCCAGGCCAGUCUUGGGAUGUCCAUCAGUAUGGCUAUAUGGGUGGUGACAAUCAGAACCGUGGCGGUGUUGGCCUUGGUGUCGGCGGUGCUAGGCGCCAGAUUAUUGGGCCCCGGCCGCCCCGGUAA